AUGGGCUCUGCGACUGCAUCAAUAUUCAGAGCGCUCAGCAAUGCAAAGAUCAAAUUGUUCAUUGUUUUCCUAGCCAUCACAGCUAUUCUCUUAUUUACAUUACAUUCUCCAAGACUAUCUAAAAACAUCUCACCUGGAGCAAAAGAAGAGUUGGUAGAAGAAAAGGACUACUGGACAUGGGAAACGACAACCCAAUUUCGAAAGCCAGUGAGCAAUGAGACCAGCAGCUCAGACUCGAACGAGACAACAUGCGAAACAUUCCCUUCGGACCUUCUUUCACGAGUUCAGAUCGUUCUGAAAACCAGCGCAACCGAAAAGUCCGAACGAGUCGAUUCGCACAUGGCCUCUGUAUCUCGCUGCAUUUCCAAUCUUCUCGUUGUCUCGGAUAAAGAGACUGAGCUGCAUGGCCACAGGGUAUAUAACAUUCUCGAGGAUCUGCCUCCGUCUGCUCGGGCCAAGAUUCCGGAAUUCAAAGCAUACGACCGAUUCCAACACAACGAGACCGAAAUCAACGGCGCAGCAGGCUGGAAGCUUGAUCGCUUCAAGUUUCUGCCAAUGGUGGAGAGGGCCAAGAAGAUGAAUCCCAGUGCAGAGUGGUACGUGUUCCUGGAAACGGACACAUACAUCGUCUGGGACAACCUGUUUCGAAUGCUGGAGCAGUUCGAUCCCUCCGCGCCUUUGUAUAUGGGAUCACCUGCACCGGGCCGUGGCAUCGGAGAGGGCAAGGUGAACUGGUUCGCCUACGGCGGGUCAGGGUUCGUUCUCUCCAGGGCAGCAGUUGAUACAUUGGUGGCUCGGGAGACUGGGAGACUGGGGGAGUAUAUUGGGCCAUCUCUCAGCGAGCAGUACAUGCAGAUUGUCACUGACGAUUGCUGUGGUGACUCAGUGCUUGGCUUUGCACUCUAUGAAAAAGGCAUCACGCUAUCUGGGAUGUGGCCAAUGUUCAAUGCACACCCGCUAGACUCGAUUCCCUUUGGGAACGAUGAUCAUUGGUGUCAACCUGCGAUUAGUAUGCACAAGUCGCGAUUAAGUGACAUGGUUGCACUAGCGAAAUGGGAGGACAACCGGGAUAGAACGAAACCCCUGCUGUACGCAGACCUAAUUGACUAUCAUCAUCUGGGGAGCCUGCCCGAACGCAUAGGGUGGGACAAUGGUGGCUGGGGAGGUGUCAUCGAGCAACCGGACACUCUCCCGCAGCAUCAGUCUCUAGAAGCCUGUCGUCAGGCGUGUCACGACAAAGACUGGUGCAUGACGUACACUUAUGACGCUGCUGGAGCCUGUGUGUUUGUUAGCAGUCUCCGACUUGGGGCUCCUAGCAAGUUGGAACUUGCCGAUCAAUUCACCGCUGGAUGGGACAACGACAAAAUCCAACAAUGGAGGGCCAAUCACACUUGUGAAACGCCGAUGUGGAUGAAGCCAAGUUUGACACGAAUCUUUUAA